UUGUAAAGUGCGAAAUUUGCAAUAAAUUUUGGUACUUCCAUUUUAUGUUGAAAUUAAGAAAACAAAUUAGUCAGUAAUUAAUUUGAAAUUGUUACCGCUGCGCGUUAAAGUGUUAUACCCUCAUCGCAAUUGUAUUUUUCAAUGGUGUACAUAGUUUAAAAUUUCUUCUCCACAUGUCGUCGACGCCGUUGUCGUCACCAGCAGCAGCAAAAUAAGUAUACGUGCUUAAGUUGUGUUGAGCAGUGACGAAAAAAGAAAACAAGAAACGUACAUAUAAAAAGCAAAGUACAUCACAUAACAAUAACAACAAUAACAAAAGAAAAGGGCCGAAACAAAAGCAACGAAAGUUAAGCACUUUGGUUUUGUCUUUUGCUUUCGGUUUGUUCAUUGUCGUCGUUUCUUUGGCAAGCUUAACUCCUUCGGCGCAGGCAAAGUAGAAGUGAAAAUAAAGUCCGCGUUCAACACUCUUUCACGACAACAACUACAACAAUAAAACGACGUUCCCCAACACGCACACAAUACAAUUGAGCGCCUUUAGUGGGAGAGUGAGAACGGGAGUGUCAGCAGUGCGAUUGGGAGCGAGAGCGCGACCGCAACUCCUUGGCCUUAUUUGAUUGUUGUUGUUGUGUGGCUAGUCGUGUUGAGUUGUUGUGGCUUGUUGUGUGUUGCCUCCUGCUAACUCGCGCGCGCUGCUCAACGAAAACUGUUCAACUGUCAUGGCCGGUAAUGGAGAGGCCUCCUGGUGCUUCUCACAGAUCAAGGGCGCCUUAGAUGAUGAUGUCACCGAUGCGGAUAUCAUAUCCUGCGUUGAAUUCAAUCAUGACGGCGAGCUGUUGGCCACGGGCGACAAAGGAGGUCGCGUCGUCAUCUUUCAGCGUGAUCCCGCCUCAAAAACCUCCAAUCCUAGACGCGGUGAAUACAAUGUCUACUCGACAUUCCAAUCGCAUGAGCCUGAAUUUGAUUAUCUCAAAUCGCUGGAAAUCGAGGAGAAAAUCAAUAAGAUACGAUGGCUGCAUCAAAAGAACCCCGUGCACUUUCUGCUCUCCACCAAUGAUAAAACGGUGAAAUUGUGGAAAGUGAGUGAGCGCGAUAAGUCGUUUGAGGGCUAUAACACGAAAGAGGAGAAUGGUCUCAUCAGAGAUCCACAAAACGUAACCGCCUUACGAGUUCCUUCUGUAAAGCAAGUGCCGCUAAUGGUUGAGGCUUCACCACGUCGGACUUUCGCCAAUGCACACACCUAUCACAUCAAUUCAAUUAGCGUUAAUUCGGAUCAAGAGACUUUCCUAUCAGCCGACGAUUUGCGUAUCAACCUCUGGCAUCUGGAGGUGGUUAAUCAGAGUUACAAUAUUGUUGACAUCAAGCCAACCAAUAUGGAGGAGCUGACGGAGGUCAUAACCGCAGCUGAGUUCCAUCCGACCGAAUGCAAUGUAUUUGUAUACUCCAGCUCCAAAGGGACAAUACGAUUAUGUGAUAUGCGAUCAGCGGCACUUUGUGACCGUCACAGCAAGCAAUUUGAGGAGCCUGAAAAUCCAACGAAUCGCAGUUUCUUUAGUGAAAUAAUCAGCUCCAUAAGUGACGUUAAGCUGAGCAACUCGGGUCGCUAUAUGAUCUCCAGAGACUAUUUAAGCAUCAAAGUUUGGGACUUGCACAUGGAGACAAAACCAAUUGAGACCUACCCGGUUCACGAAUACCUACGUGCCAAGUUGUGCUCGCUCUAUGAGAACGACUGCAUCUUUGACAAGUUUGAGUGCUGUUGGAAUGGCAAGGAUAGCUCUAUAAUGACGGGCAGUUACAACAAUUUUUUCCGCGUAUUUGAUCGAAAUUCGAAAAAAGAUGUCACUCUCGAGGCAUCCAGGGAUAUUAUUAAGCCCAAGACGGUGCUAAAACCGAGAAAAGUUUGCACUGGCGGCAAACGAAAGAAGGACGAGAUCAGCGUUGAUUGUCUCGACUUCAAUAAGAAAAUCUUACAUACCGCUUGGCAUCCCGAGGAAAAUAUUAUAGCUGUGGCCGCGACUAAUAACCUGUUCAUAUUUCAGGAUAAAUUUUAGCUAAAACUUCUACUGCAAGCAUUGUACACACCACCCACGCCCAUUACUAUGGCCUUGGCAAAGCCUUGGCAACAGUGGCAACAGUCGGCUCAUUUAAAUGAUAAUUCGAUUGAUUUGUUUCAAAAGCGCCGUCAAAAUUCAUAUAAAUUGUUUGCUUAUCAUUGAUCCAAGACCCUUCCUACCCACACAUAAACAACAGCAACAACAACACAAAAAUGCCAUAGCAAAAGCUUUGUAACAUUUUUCCUUAGUGAUACGUACAAUAUAAAUAAACAAAUUUUAUACAUAGAUAACAUUUAUAUAUUUAAUGAUGAAGCAGAAUUAUAAUUUUCUUCUAGCGCAAUUAAAGAAACAAUCGAAUUAUCAAACGUAGUGUACCAAGUUUUUUUUUUUAUAUUAAUAUGCGCCCAAGUAUUUCUAACAAAAAUUAUAUCUAAAAUUACAAAAAGAAAAAAAACAAUGAAAAAAUAUACAUACAAAACGCAUAUUAAAAUUUUUGUUC